AUGGCGUCACAACCGCCAGUCAAACGACCCCCUCCGGCCCCCUCGAAUCCGGUUCUUCUUGCCGCGCAACAACAAUGGCUCUUUACGGACGAGGAGCUCGCCCGAUCGCCGUCGCAGCUUGACGGCAUGACCGCAGAAAUAGAGAACUUGAACCGGAGCAAAGGGGUAAACUUUAUCACUCAGGUUGGGAUGAUGUUAAAGUUGCCGCAGCCGACCCUCGCCACAGCCGCCGUUUACCUUCAUCGUUUCUUCAUGCGAUUUGGGAUAGCCGACAGGCCGGAGCGACCGGGAAUUCACGCAUACCCAAUCGCCGCUACAUCCUUGUUCCUGGCUACAAAAGUGGAAGAGAAUGUCCGGAGGAUGAAAGAGCUGGUGGUGGCCGUCUGUCGGGUUGCACAAAAAAAGCCGGAUCUCAUUGUGGAUGAGCAGUCGAAAGAAUUUUGGAAAUGGCGCGAUACUAUCCUUCAUCAUGAAGACAUACUGCUCGAAGCAUUAUGCUUCGAUCUGCAACUCGAACAACCGUACCGGAUCCUCUAUGAUUACAUUUGCUUCUUCGGCGUCAAUGACAACAAGCAUGUCCGCAAUUCGUCUUGGGCUUUCUUGAACGAUUCCUCGUAUACGGUCCUUUGUCUCCAGUUCCCUGCCCGUGUCAUCGCUGCAGCUGCCUUCUACGCCGCCAUAAGCCAUUGUGAUAUUGCAUUCCAAGACGAUGAAUUCGGUCGCACCUGGUGGCAGCAGAUCGACGUUGAUAUAACGCAGGUCCGUCGCGCCUGCAGUCGAAUGGCAGAGUUAUACGAGAGCAAUGAACAACAUAGACAUAGCCAGUACUUCCCGCCCGUCCCAUCCUCGUGGAAAGAAGGUGCUGAGAAGACUAGGAUCCCGCGCCCCGGCGGCUCACUCGAAGCACCACCUGAUCCAGCCUCCAGGAAGCGCUCGCGGGAGCCAGAAGAUAGCUAUCAAAGCUAUGAUCAAAACUCACAAGACCCUGUGCCCUUGAAAGUAGACGAGGCUACUCAAAACGGGACACGCUCACCGAAACGACCCCGGGUAGGUUCGGACGCAGAGAGGACUCGCUCUACUACAGCAUCAUUCGCUUCUGCAUUACCAUACGGCGGAGAUGGUGCGCCACCACCUCAUUCUUCACACUCACCACCUCCAUCAUCAUCAUCGUCCUUUUCCAACGACCGCCCGCCAAACGGCCACCACGCUCACCAAUCCCACCGCCACCAACAUCCACUCCCACCCGCGCCCCGAACAACAUUUCCGCAGCGCCGAAACAGUGAUAUCAAAAAUUUCGACCCCAUUCAGCAGCGUAUCGACCAGAUCGUGCAGCAGAACUCGGCACCUUCUAAACGCCUGCCUGAAAGAUAUAGAGAGUGGGAUCGAGAGCGUGACCGAGAUAGAGAAGACGACGACGCCUACCAGAGACGGAGAUCAUCGUACUCCUCUUCUCAUGGUAGAAACGAGCACCCGCCCCCUCCACCACCGGAGCAUCGUCGGCAACCGCCGCUGCCGCCGCCUCCGGAGCCAGAACCGGAUGAUGAAGGUGGUGGAAGCGAGGAGGGUGAACUGUAG